AUGAAAUUCGGUAGCCAACUUAGAGAAGCCUUAUACGGUGAAUGGAACGAGUCAUAUCUGGAUUAUGACGGUUUAAAAAAACACCUAAAACGUGGCGAGAAGAAAGAAGGAGGAUAUACUGAAAAAGAUGAAAGUGACUUUGUUGAACGAUUAGAUAAAGAAUUAGAAAAGAUUUAUGCUUUUCAAAACUCCAAAUAUGAAGAAAUUAAAGUACGCGUCCAGGAUUGUGAAAAUGCUGUUUCAAGUAUAAAUAACGUCUCCUUUAUGAACGUACCUAAUAAAUAUGCCGAAGUUGAACGAGAAAUUAAUGAUAUUACUGAAGUAUUAAAUGAACUUGCCAAAUAUGCUCGUUUAAAUUAUACUGGAAUUAUAAAAAUUGUAAAGAAACAUGACAGACGUACAAAUUAUAUUUUGCGUCCAAUGUUUAGUGUUCGUUUGAACGCACGCCCAUUCUAUAAAGAAACCUACGAACCAAUCAUCGUUCGGCUUUCUAAGCUCUAUCAUAUUGUUCAUCAAGGGUUAGGAGCCGAUCAACCUACUGGUGAACGUCCUUCUACCCCAAAUUUCUCAUCUUUACCAACGUCAUCAUGGAAUCCUUCCACAGUUAUGCCAUCCCAAGAAAAAGUCUUGCGUCAUUCUUAUAAUUAUUGGGUGCACCAAGAUAAUAUUAUGGAAGUUAAAACUACAAUUCUUCGUCACCUUCCUGUUUUAAUUUAUAAACCUGGUUCUGAUUCGUCGGUAACAUCAAUUUAUUUUGAUAAUGAAUUAUUUGAAUUUUAUCAAGAUAAAGUUGAUCGUAAGCCAGGUGGUCAAACUAUAAGGUUACGAUGGUACGGUAAUAAAUCGAAUACCAAUGAUAUUUUUGUUGAAAGAAAAAUACGCGAACAAGGGGAAGAUGAGAUUAAAGAUAGAUUUUUAAUCAAGGAUAAGUAUGUUGAUGCAUUCUUAAAAGGAGAUUAUUCCAUGGAUAAAAUGAUCAAGAAAAUGAGGGAAGAUCCUUCAAAAACGGAAGAUGAUAUUCAACAUUUUCAAAACUUGAUUAAAGAUAUUCAAGAUACUAUUAAGGAAAAAAAAUUGGAAUCUAUUCUUCGUACUUAUUAUAAUCGUAUGGCGUUCCAAAUUCCUGGUGAUCAUCGUGUUAGAAUUUCACUUGAUACCGACUUUUAUAUGAUUCGCGAGGAUAAUUUUGAUGAUGUACCCCGUCGUAAAGAUAAUGAAUGGCGUCGUUCGGACAUUGACAAUGAUCAAUUUGGUAAACUUCCAUCAUCUGAAUGUUCAAAGUUUCCUUAUGCUUUAUUAGAAGUCAAACUUAGGUUAGACGAAGAGGAACAAGAACCAGGUUGGGUUAAAGAAUUGAUAAACAGUCAUUUAGUUGAGGAAGCUCCCCAAUUUUCGAAAUAUGUUCAUGGAGUUGCUACAUUAUUCACUUCUCAAGCACCCUCUCUACCAUAUUGGCUACCAAAUAUCGAUAAAAAUAUUUUGAAACCGCCAAACGCUCGUCAAUUUCAAGAAGAGGAUUAUCCUGAACCAUCUACCUCUUCUGCAUAUACAGCAGUUCGUCCGAAACGAACCAUGUCAGGAAAAAAUGUCAUUAAUGUCGAGGUUGUAGGUGAUAGUAGUAAUAGAAGCAGGAAAAACAAAGGUAAAGCCGUUGAUUAUAGCAUUGAAGAAGAAACGGUGGCUCCCGAAAUAGUUGUUUUACCACCAAAUAUUCGUAUACCACGUAAGAUUAUCACACCUGUGCGUGUAGAGCCCAAGGUUUUCUUUGCAAAUGAAAGAACCUUUUUCCACUGGAUGAGAUUUAGUGUGUUGCUAGGCUCGUUCUCUUUGGCAUUGUUUAAUGCCGGUGGCCCUGACGACAAAGUGGGAUUUGUGUGUGGAUUUUCUUAUGCAAUUAUUAGUAUCGUUGUGUUGAUAUAUUCUUUAGUAAAAUACAAUGAGAGGCUCACAAUGAUUAAUAACAGACAUCCUGGUCCUUAUGAUGAUCUCCUAGCGCCUCCAUUGGUUUGUCUUGCGCUAUUUUUUGCCGUGGGAAUGAAUUUCUAUCUCAAGUAUAAUCCCAGAAUGGUUGAAGGUAGUAAAAGUAUCGAAAAUGAUUUUAACGUUUAUAAUAAUUUAAAUGCCUCUUCAAUUCCAAUUUUGUUCAAUACGCAAAAUGUAUAA